CUUCCGGUGUGGUUUCCGGUUAGCUGGCGCAUCUGCAGCAUCCGAAGCCGCAGACGAGAAUCGCCAUGAACAACACGCUCAUUUUUGUCUGAAUUUGAUUCUGUCCGAUUAAAAUCACACCGCAUCCGUGCACCGUUCACUGGCAGGCCACCGACGGGAGCGCUCAGAUGAGAUGUGUCACGCGUCUGAGCGGAUUUUGCAGGAAUGCUAGCGUUAGCGCCUAGCUGACUAUGUGUUGAAUUUAAAUUAUUAUUUUUUCAUAAAACACGAGACGAAUCAAUAUGAUUAUGGGCGUUUAACUUAUGAAAUGAUCCGUUAUUCUGAUUAAUAUCCGCAUGUCAUCUGUUUUUCUGUGAAAAGUGGGUUGUUUUCAGAGGUUCUAAUGAGCUGCACAGCUGGCUGAUGAUGGAGAGUUUGACUUUCAUCCAUCAAAACAAUAAUUUCUCUGUACUUCACGUUUGAAGGUUCAUUUUUCAACAGGGCUUAAAUGUUUACAUUUUUUCAGCUGGAUUCAAGUAUUUAUAUGGUGAUAUGGGCUCGUGUCCGUUAUAUAGACACUAGACAAACACUUUAAUCAUAUCAGGCCAUCACUGAUACAUGCUGCUUAUUUGGAUAUCCUCAACUGUGAUGUUUUAGUUUAGCACAUACACAUUUGUUUUCAUUUGCAAGUACGUUUUUGUUGCUAUACGGUUCAUUUAAGCUGCGAUCGGCACCAGAAUUAGACUACGAGUCCAUGUUUGACAGUCACAGCUGAUCUAGUCCUCUGGCACCAGAACAACCAACCCACUUCAGUUUUUAUAGACUCACAUAAGUAGUUAAAGGAUCUUUGAUAUAUCAUGAAGAAGUUCUUUGACUCCCGGAGGGAGCUGGUGGGCUCUGGACCCGGUUCUGGAGGUGGGGCUGGAAGUUCUGGCUCCAGCAGCAGUGUUGGUGGGAAUUUUAUCGGACGGGCUUUCACUGUUGGAAGACACCAGGUCACUGUAGACGAAACUCUGGCAGAAGGUGGCUUUGCUAUCGUCUUCCUUGUGCGGACCAACCAGGGGGUGCGCUGUGCCCUAAAGAGGAUGUAUGUGAACAACGAAUAUGACCUGCAGGUCUGCAAGCGUGAGAUCCAGAUCAUGCGGGAUCUCAAUGGUCAUAAGAACAUUGUUGGGUUCCUAGACUCCAGCAUCACGGCUGUAGGAGGUGGAGACGUGUGGGAGGUGUUUAUCCUCAUGGACUUCUGCAGAGGUGGUCAAGUGGUGAACCUGAUGAACCAGCGUUUACAGACGGGCUUCAGCGAACAGGAAGUGCUCCAGAUCUUCUGUGACACUUGUGAGGCUGUGGCACGUCUGCACCAGUACAAAACUCCAAUAAUCCACCGAGACCUCAAGGUGGAAAACAUCCUCCUUCAUGACAGAGGACACUACGUUCUGUGUGAUUUUGGCAGCGCCACCAUGAAGUUCCAGAACCCCCAGAAUGAAGGAGUGACUGUGGUGGAGGACGAAAUUAAAAAGUACACAACCCUGUCCUAUCGUGCUCCUGAAAUGGUGAAUCUGUACAAUGGCAAAAUCAUCACCACUAAAGCAGACAUCUGGGCAAUGGGCUGUUUGCUCUAUAAACUCUGUUUCUUCACUUUGCCCUUUGGUGAGAGUCAGGUGGCCAUCUGUGAUGGCAGCUUCACCAUUCCAGACAAUUCCCGUUACUCCCAGGACAUGCACCGUCUCAUCCGGUACAUGCUGGAACCGGACCCUGAUAAGAGGCCUGACAUUUUUCAGGUGUCCUACUUUGCUUUCAAACUGGCCCGGCGGGAUUGUCCUGUCCAAAACGUCAAGAAUUCUCCCAUUCCUGCUAAACUUCCUGAGCCAAUCCGAGCGAGCGAAGCAGCCGCAAAGAAGAGCCAAACGCAGACCAAGGCGAGACUUACAGACCCCAUUCCCACCACUGAAACCUCCAUCACCCCUCGCCAGCGGCCUAAAGCAGCACAAUCCCAGUCUCAGGCACUAGGAGGCAUCCUGCCCAUCCAGCCUGCUGCCCUGACCCCACGCAAGAGAGCCAACCUGCCCGCUGGGGCUGCCCAGCCAAUAGCUGUCAGUGUAAACUUGGCUCAGCCGGCUGCAGCGCUACAGUCUCAGAAAGCCCAGGUGUCUCCAGCCCCUCAGCAGAAAACGCCUGUGCAGCCCAUCCCCGUCACAGCUGCAGCAGCAGGAGGGGGUGUUCCACUUGUAGCUGGCAGUCCCGCCCCUCAGAAAGCUGUAGCCACUCCUCCUCCAUCCAGCCCCGUGCCGCCCACCGCGCCUGCACGGAGCGCCCGUCGUAAGCAGGCGUCUGCGGCUCAGCAGCAACCGGUGCCCGUCCAAACAACUGCCACUCAGCCGGCUGCUGCCCCGCCUCCAGCACAGGCUGAGCCUGCAGCGGUGCCACCCACUGUCCAGCAGCCAGCUCCUCAAUCCCAAAUCAGCCCAGAGAAGGCAGAAGAGAGGCCUGCAGCCCCUGGACUCUCCCAGACUCCUCCCUCGUCCCCAAGGACGGCCCAGAAGGCGGGGCACAGACGCAUCCAGAGUGAUGUCACUCACAGCGCUAUGUUCGGUGUGCCCGUCAGCCAGUCCACUCAGCAGCUGCAGGCGGCCACAGCAGAGGCCAGCCUCAACAAGUCAAAGUCAGCCAGCGCAAGCCCAUCCAACUCUCCCCAGUCCUCUCAGCAGAGUGUGUACCAGCCUGCCCAGCAGGGCAGUGUUUCUGUCCCCCAAGCUCCUUCCUCAGCCGCUAGCCUGACAAGCCCCCCAGACCAGCCCACCUGGAAUCCUUUCGGUGACGACAACUUCUCCAAACUCACGGCUGAGGACCUACUCAACAAAGACUUCACCAAGCUAGCUGAUGAACCUGUUGAACCUCUGAUUGCCGCUGCUGAGAGUCUAAUUCCUGGGCUGGAGGCAGCGGAACCUGCUCCUCCUCCUCCAUCUUCUGCUGAAAGACCUGUUGACAUUCUGGGCUUGGAACCGGGAGCUGGUUUGCUAGCUGUGCCAGAGAAGCUGAUAGAGGGCCUGAAGUCUCCAGAUACCUCUCUCAUGCUGCCUGAUCUGCUGUCCAUGGCCGACCCCUUCGGUAGCUCCAUGGAUGACACUAGAGAUGCCAAAACGGAAGUGUGUUUGGACUCUCUGAUUCCUGGCUUGGAGCCCCCUCGGGCUCAGCUGUACCCCAUAGAAACAGAACCAGUAUCAUCAGCACUGGCAGAAGGCGGGCCUUCAUUAAACCCGGAACUAAUCGAACCAUUUGUGCCAGGCUGGGAGAAAGACCCUUUGAUUGGAGAGGACUCCUUGCUGGGCUGUUCUCUCCCCUCUGGCACCGCCUCCUGUUUGGAUGACUUUGCACCUGUUUCAGGAGGCACCUCCCAGAACAUACCAGCUGCAGACUCCUGUUUGAUCUCAGGCUUUGAGCCUUCAAGCGCUGAGACAGCCAAUGAAGAUGAAUUUGACCCCAUACCAGUACUGGUCUCCAAAAACUCCCAAGAUGAUCAGCCUAACAUCAACGGCUAUGAUUCUUCAUCAGGAGCCACCAACAUCCCAAACUCAGAGGUUCAUGUAGAAGAAGAGGAGGUUCUGCACAUGUGCAGUGGCUCAAAACUUCUCUUGCUGGACUCCAAACUCCUCAACACUACGUCUCUCAAACUCUCGCCAUCGUCCUCCCCAGAUGUCUUCUCAAAUGCCCCGUUCCCUGGAUGUGGACGAGAUGGUAGGGACAUCUUCACCGGUGCUCCAUUUCCCCAACUUCAACGAACCCAUCCGCAGACUGACGUCUUUCUCCAGGCCCCAUUCGGCAGGAGAAAUGAUCUGUCUGGACCGCAGCAUCUAACAAGAUGCACAAAUGGCAAUGAGCCCAUCCUGCCUCAUCCACCCGUGCACAGUCAAAUCCGGUUUCCGCAUUGCGCCGAGGCUCCGAUGCCCCAGCAGCCCAUUGCCGCCCACCGCGUGAUUUCCAGCGUGGGCCAGCAGGCGGCUGUGAGCUCAGUCCCCGUUGGGCCGCUUCACUCCUGGACGGUAGGUGUUCGAGCAGUGAUGGACCCCUUCCUGGCAGCCCCCUUCCAACCUCGGGGCCCAGUGGGAAAGCCUUAGCAUUUGAGAAUGUUGUAAGUGCCCUGUCCUGCCGUCCCAGUGCUGGAUGCAUCUGUGGUGGAAGCAAAUCUGGCGUAGUCUAUCAUGAGACGACUACCUCAGUACCUCAGCACUUUAGCUCAGCUUCACUACAGUGUUCUUCCUCUGUGCGUCGCUCCACCUCGAUUAUGAUAUACAGGUCUAUAAUCUGCAUAUAUUCACCCGUUUCUUUUUGUAACAGUUUAUACGUUAUAAGCUUUUUUUUAUAUAUAUCAUACACAGUAUUAAAAAAGAUGUAAAAUGUGAAAAUGAAGGAAGUUUGUUACUCUCGGUUUACAGGGAGCAGCUGAUGGGACUAUUCAAAGGCUUUUUCAAGUACUAACUACCUUUUUGAGUCUCAAAGCUGGACGAAUUUCCAGAAUCUGGUGGCAGAUUUGUGUUGAGGCCUUGUGACAGGUAAUAAUGGCUGGAGAAUCACGUUUCUUUGUUGUUCUUGUUAAACCCAAGGUACUGUAGGCGUUCCCAAGCUGGACUGGAAUGGACUGUAAGUAACUGACGGUCACAUCCACACCAUGUAAUGCAGUGAAACCAUUGAAGCACUUUUACAAUCUGUAAUUGUGGAUAUAGUAGUUUUGCUAUAUAACAAUCUGCUGUAUAUUCCUUAUAUGAUAAACCAUUUCUGUUAAAAUGUCUCGUCUUUGACUUCCUUCAUAACUUA